GCGCUGUGGCUCCGCCCCCGCCGGCGAAGGACAAAGUGCCUGGGCCGGGGCCCCGCUCAGCCUCUGCGCCCAGCCGCGGUCCCCGCGCCGCCGCCGCCAUCUUAGGAGGUCGCCAUGUUCUCUUCCAUCGCGCCGCUCGCCCGGCUCAACCCCUUCUACGCCCCGCACUUCCAGCUGGCCCAGGAUGGGGUGAGGAAGCGCGCGGAGCCGGCGGAGGCGCCCACCGCGCGGCGGAGCUUGGCGGCCGCAUCCGCCGCGGAAGAAUACAGUUGCGAAUAUGGCUCGCUCAAGUUUUAUGCUCUCUGUGGCGUUGGUGGGGUCCUAAGUUGUGGCCUGACACACACUGCUGUUGUACCUCUGGAUUUAGUGAAAUGUCGUAUGCAGGUUGAUCCACAAAAAUACAAGAGCAUCUUCAAUGGAUUUUCAGUGACACUCAAUGAAGAUGGUGUUCGUGGCUUGGCUAAGGGAUGGGCUCCAACCUUUAUUGGAUAUUCCAUGCAGGGGCUUUGUAAAUUUGGUUUCUAUGAAGUUUUCAAAAUCUUAUAUGGCAACAUGCUGGGAGAGGAAAAUGCGUAUUUGUGGCGCACUUCACUGUACUUAGCCGCGUCUGCCAGUGCGGAGUUUUUUGCUGACAUUGCUCUGGCUCCAAUGGAAGCUGCUAAAGUUCGUAUCCAGACACAGCCUGGAUAUGCCAACACUCUGCGGGAGGCACUGCCCAAGAUGUUUGGAGAAGAAGGCAUCUGGGCUUUCUAUAAAGGUGUUGCACCACUGUGGAUGAGACAGAUUCCAUACACAAUGAUGAAAUUUGCCUGCUUUGAACGUACUGUUGAAGCUCUGUACAAGUACGUUGUUCCCAAGCCACGAAACGAAUGUACAAAAGGAGAACAGCUGGUAGUCACAUUCGUUGCAGGGUAUAUUGCUGGUGUGUUCUGUGCAAUUGUUUCCCAUCCUGCCGACUCUGUGGUGUCUGUGUUGAACAAAGAAAAGGGCAGUUCUGCUUCACAGGUUCUUGUGAGGCUUGGAUUCAAAGGUGUAUGGAAAGGUCUGUUCGCUCGUAUCAUUAUGAUUGGUACCUUGACUGCACUACAGUGGUUCAUCUAUGAUUCUGUGAAGGUCUAUUUCAGACUUCCUCGUCCACCUCCACCUGAAAUGCCAGAAUCUCUGAAGAGGAAGCUUGGUCUAACUGAAUAGACAACUCAUGGACUGACUGUGCUGGCUGUCCCAGUGAUGAGUUUCAUGAAACUUUUAUAUAUUUGACUAUGUAGAAAACAAACUCUAUAUGAUGUUGUUAUUGGCUGUGCCCUCAUCCCACAUGAGGGUUUAAAUUCUACCACUGUCAUUGCCUGAAAUAAAUGAGAAACAGAGUG